UUGCAGAUUGAUGAUGCUCGCACGAGGGUUGUCAGCAUUAUGAACGGUGUUUCUCGGACCGAUGAAGUUUCUCUGACUUAUGAAAAAACACGAGAAGUCACGCCAACAAAGUGAAGUGAGGAAGGGAGGGAUAGAGAGUGAGGUCUCCGGGCAGAGACACUUGAGAGCACUAGAAGAGCAGAAGGAGUCGAAUGAUCGUCUUAUUGCUUCUAAGAAUCUUGCUGCGUAGUUGUUCAAACUUCGAAUGUUGUUGCUGUUUCGAAAGCUCGAGCUCGGGGGAAGAGAGACGCACUGUUUUGCAAAAGGUAUCCUCGAACAAGAAUGCCUAUGAUCUCUACUUGCCCGAAUAAGUAGGUGUCGAUAAAAGUCGUGUCGAGAGGCAGAGCAGACUCAUUCAACAUUUUGGAAAAAAAUAGCCUUUGAUUGAGUGUUUCCUGAAAGUGUCUCUAACUAUGAUAUAGAUAAAGAUAAUGAUUUUAUGUAAGAAUUGACCAAAAGGACAAUAGUUAAUCAUUGCUACACACGAAAUAAGAAGAUGCCGCUCCUAGCAUUUCUUACGCUAGAAGCUGUAUUCUGGUCGUUAGUAUCGGGGCGAAAGAGUGGCCGUCUCUUGCGGACAGAAGUUGUCGAUGGGGAAGGAGAAGUGCGGGAAGUCAGCGUCUGGCCUGAGGACGACGAAGACCCAGAGGGUGCGCUGCUCGAGGCUGAGCGAGCGGCUUUCGCGGCCGCAAACGGCAUCGAGCUACAAUCCACCUGGAGUAGUACAUCGCCACCUUCAAGCACGCAACGGGACAGUGUAGUCAAGGAGAAUAAUGGUGAAAGUGCUGAUCAUUUUUCAGGAGGAAAUGUAGGUGGUCCUGAAGGAGGGCAAGAAGAUGAUUCUGGCGCAAUCCAGGAUAAGCUGCAGGAGAGAAUGAGCAGAGGCAUGACUGAUCAGCGCCGUGUUGAGGCUGUUUCACGCCCAGAAGUGGCACGAGAUGAUCGUUCGGCAGAGGAGCGAGACGCGGUCGUGCGACUAGAGCAGUCCACUGACCCUCAGGUGGUCGUUCCGAAAGAUGACAAUGAACAUCGUUACAUCGAAGAGGCAAUAGGGAUAGAGAAAAGUGUUGACGUGGUGUCUGGUAAGCACGACAAGGAGCAUCGAAAAGCGGGUUCUCAAGUUGUGACCGACGAUAGGAUAGACGACAUUUUUGAUGGUGCUGCUGUUGCACGACAAGAAGCGGGACGAGUGAUUUCUUCAUCGUCGUACAAAUCUCAAGAACGACAACAAGAUUAUCUAGUUCGUGAACAGAGUAUCCGGCCAGUUGUCACGCCUUCGUCUCCUACUACUAGCGAAAGUAGUAGCAUACCGACGUCGACGAAUUUAUACGAUGAUCACAUUCACAUCGUAUCUGAGACUGUUGAGAGCGAAUCAUUUUUGCUAUCACAAUCUACGUGGCUGCAGUGGGUCGGAUUCGGGUUUUCAGCGACGGGCGGUGCUUUUGGAUUCGCAGCUGCGUUGCUACUUGCCGUGGCCGUUGGUGGAAUGUACUGUCUUCGAGUACUAUUUCCCCAUGUCCGGAGUGCGGCAGGGAACAAGAUUAAGGCUAUAAUGUGCACAUUCAUUUGUUUUCAGACAUGUUUAAACAGCUUCUUGUAAUUUCUGUUGGUGAUUGAGCUAUGUUUCAUCUAUGAUCAAAAGGCUUAAAAGGCGUUAUUUAGGUAGAAAAACUCUCAUCAAAGCAAGAGCUAAGGCACGUUGCAGACUUGAGUACUCAGAUUAGAUCAAGUAGUAGAGCACUGAAAGUGAGGACAAUUAUUGAGUAGAAGAACUACCUACAACCCAUGUCUAAGAAUAGCAGCAAAGGCGCAGCGGCUUCGGAGUGUGACGAGAAGAAGCAUGCGAGAUCGGGGGAAGGAAAAAUGUCGUCGUUUUCGUCUGGGUCGAAGGACAUGGCGUCGAAGAGCGGCGUCAAAGCUGAGCGUGCAAGCGGGGGAAGCAACGACCAUUGUUCUGAUCGCAGUGGCGCGGGACUAAUCACCGCCGACACGAGUACUUCAACGGCAGACAUCUCGAGCAUUCUAGCUACAUCGACAUCUUGCAUAGAAGAGCCCUAUGACAUGGCCUUCAGCGGUCUGAACAGUCACCUGCUUUCGCUCGAUGAUAUAGAAGACACAGAGGAAGAUAUUUCGAAGGAGCUCGAUUGCAUGGCAGAGAAAAAAUAAAAUUAUUAUCUUGAGCUUUAUGUUGAAGUAAAUCAAUGACGGUCAACACGAUCCUCGAUCCUUCAAUAUUUUUAGAAAAUGUAUGCUGAGUUGCAUUCUAUUCCCCUGGACAUUCACCCAUUCCUAGAAGAAGAACAAGAAGAAGAAGACAAGAAUUCCUAGAUGUCCUUGCAGUUGAAAAUGCUUCGUAGGAGGAGAUAGUGAAGCUUGGAGUUGGAACCGACGAGUGGGAGUGUCGUGAGA